AUGAUUCCUAUUCAGUCACGUCUCCAUGAGAUGUCGCUUCCAAAGGCGGCAGCUCCUAUCGCCAGCACCGAUCCAGCACAACCCACCUUUGCCUGGAGUGGCAGCGCCUCUUCUUCUAUGUCAAGUCCUUUCGCUCCUCCACCAACUCCUAGUGACUCUCUUCUCGACAUCAACCCACGCAAGUCCUCUUUCUCUAGUGAGAUGGGAGCAGCUUAUGCCUUCCCCUCUUGGCCCAACCGUCCUUCCCUUUCAAGCAACGACACAGCCGACUCCUGUGCUAGCGCCUUCCUCUCUGAUGACGAUCUUCUGUGGAUGCCAGAGAAUUCGGGGGCCGAGAAGGAAGUGGAGGAAGCUAUCAACCAAGAUGCCGCGGCCAUCUCCUCGGUGACUAUGGAACAGCAACUUCAACGCAUGCGCAUUAUCGCCGAACAGCAAGAUCGGGCCAAUUUUCUCGCCAAGGUUGAAGCCCACGCUCGCGCAACCCAAGCUCUCCGUUCAGCAAAGCAGAGCAUUGUGACAGAGCGAGAGACAUCGAAGCGCAAGAAGCGCCGAGUCGUGCCUACUCCCAAACGACGCGCUCACUCAGCAUCCAAGGUGCUCAGUCAGUAA